UCAAUUUCAGAACUCAAAAUUAACAAAUAUGCUCAUUAGAAUUCAAAAUGUUCUAUUCCUCUAUCUACUUCCAGUCAUUUUCCUCCUUUUCAUCAAUCCUCCAAGUUCAUCAGUUGCUGCACCUAUUGGAAUAUGCUAUGGUCGUGUCACGAACAUUCAGUUCCCGUCACCAUCCACCAUUGUUAAAUUCCUUAAUUCUAAUGGCAUAAACAACAUUCGUAUUUUCGAUGCUGAUCCAACAAUCUUAAAAUCCUUUUCAGGCACCGCAAUAACCCUAAUAGUUGGUGUCCCUAACCAAAAUCUCCCUUUUCUUGCAAAUGCCAAUAUAAAUACCUCUAUAGAAUGGCUGCAAUCCAAUAUCUUUUCACACAUUCCAGCUAACCAAAUCAAAUAUAUUGCAGUUGGAAAUGAAGUAUUUCUGAAAGAUCAAUCCAACACUCCUUACUUAAUUCCUGCCAUGUUAAAUCUUUAUCAAGCAUUACUUAUGUUAAAUUUGAACAAUAUUAAGCUAUCUUCCCCUCAAGCUUCGUCUAUACUCUCUAUUUCCUACCCUCCAUCAUCAGGAACAUUUGAUCCUUACCUUGAUCAUGUUAUGAAACCUUUCUUGCAAUUUUUAUAUGAUAGUAGAUCACCAUUAAUGGUUAAUGUGUAUCCUUAUAUUAGCUAUGUAAAUAAUUUGAAACAAGUUCAAUUAGAUUAUGCGUUGUUCAAGAGUAAGAGAGCUGUACAAGAUGGUGCAUUCAAGUAUAAUAAUCUUUUUGCCGCGACUAUUGAUGCAUUUUUGUAUGCAAUGGAGAAAGAUGGUUAUCCAGGAAUUCAGGUUGUCGUGACAGAGACCGGUUGGCCAACUGCUGGCGGUGAAGGUGCUAAUGUGAAAAAUGCAUUAGCAUAUAAUGGAGAGGUGGUAAGACAGAUAAUGAAUAAUGUUGGAACCCCAAAAAGGCCUAAAGAGGGAAUGGAAGCUUAUUUGUUUGGUCUUUUUGAUGAGAAUGGGAAAGGUGAAGAAGAGUAUGAGAAGCAUUUUGGGAUUUUUGGGCUUGAUGGAAAUAAGGCUUAUAAUCUAAGUUUCAAUUGGUAAAAACAAACUAUACUUCUCCAUUUGAUAAACAUGAAUAUAUAUUAG